AUAAGAGUUGUACUGGGGCUCGCACCCAGCUCGUGUGGCCUCUGCGGAUAUACUGCUGCUAACGUCUUGCGCCAGGCUGCCCCCUGCCUGUACGUGCCCGCUCUCACCUGGCCGGGUAAGCCGCUGCAGCAGCGCCGGAGAUCUGCGCCUACUACGAUGUGCGCUGCUCCCCGGCCGUGCGCUGGUGUGUGACUGGCAGAGACUAGCGUUGCGCUGGAGACCACGCAGCUACCACACAGUCUACCCUGGCAGCCCCCAGGCCGGUGCCCGCCGCACUUGUGUCACGGGGACACUAACAAACAUUAGUGCAUUCUUCAGCGUGUGGAGCCUGCCCCCACACCCGUAACCUGCCAAACCACGGCCUUUACCUGUGUCUUCCGGUGUUUCCCGUGCGAUCCUUCCUGCGGGAGCGCCUCGUGGGCCACUCCAGAGUUUACUCAGCGGUCAGUGGCUCCAAUGGUGAAAAUGACAAGGUCAAAAACGUUUCAGGCCUACCUGCCAUCAUGUCACAGAACAUACAGCUGCAUCCAUUGCAGAGCUCACCUGGCAAACCAUGAUGAGCUCAUUUCAAAGUCAUUUCAAGGAAGUCAAGGUCGAGCUUAUCUAUUCAAUUCUGUUGUUAAUGUAGGUUGUGGGCCUGCAGAAGAGCGCGUGUUACUUACAGGACUCCAUGCGGUAGCAGACAUUUACUGUGAAAAUUGCAAAACAACAUUGGGCUGGAAAUAUGAACAUGCUUUUGAAAGCAGCCAGAAGUACAAAGAAGGAAAAUACAUAAUUGAAUUAGCUCACAUGAUCAAGGAUAAUGGCUGGGAUUGAAAGAUGAGAAAGCAGCAAAGAACAUCCAACUGACCGUGUUAUCCUUGGAAUGAGCGAGUAACUGAGUGCUUGGUUUCAUAUGAUUCAGAGGCUGUGCCGCAUGGAGCAUCCUCUCACCCUUAAUCCAUCAUUCUUGGUGAAUGGCCUCUAAAUUUCUGACACUCUGUCUCUUUGCUUUGUAUCCCUUUUGUGAGUUGCCCUUGGCCUCAUGCUCUUUUGUAGAGUUGGCUAAAGAAAAGCAUCAGGAGCCUCAUAGCCCAGUCACUUCUUUUACUGUUAGAGUUGAUUUAAAGCUGUGUGUAACGAGUGUAAAGAAAGUGGCACACUUGGGGCCCGUGUUGUAGAGCAGGAAGGCGGUGUCGUAAACGAAUACAUGGAGGAACAUAUGAUGAUGUCCUGUAAUUUUAAGGUUUGAAAUGUUUCCUUCCAGAGAAAUACCUCACUGCUUCUUUUUGGAGAAUGUCUGGGAUUAACCUGAGCAAAGUAGUUUAACAGUUUAUACCGAUAACAAACCAAAUAAUGAUGAUGAUGAUGAUGAUGAUAGAAGUGAUGAAGCUGGACCAUCCUCUAUUUAGCCAUGAUGUGCUACUUGGAACUUCUUUUCCCAAAAACCACUUGAUAUGUUAAAAUGAUGGUAGUCAUGACAUUCAUGGUUAUUCGUCCCUUAACACGUCUGCCUAAAGAAACAGGAUUUUGUCAGGAAUAAUAUUAUACCCAUAUUAUACUAUUGGUUCCCAUAAAAUGGUUCACAUCAUGGCAAAUGUACAGACCUUUUAAAAGUCCUGGUUACAUUUGUAUAUGCCGGCACUUUCGCUGCAAGCUGAGCCAGAGCCCUGGAUAUAUUAUACCAUAGGUGUUCAGCAUGAAUUGAUGACUAACCACAGUGGCAGCACUUCUUACAUGUGUAGCUAUGAGUAAGACCGGAGGACACAUAGUGACAGGAAUAGAUGUAAUCUGUUAUGGUAGGGUGAAACAAGAUGAGGUUUGGUGCCAUUGCUUUAUUAAAGUAUUAAUGGGGAUAUCUGAACAAUAUGAGGAAACAAUACUAUGCACCUUUAUAAAUUGAGAGUAAUUUACAACAUAGGGCAAAAGGAAUCCUUAUAAUAAAAAAAUUAAAAAUCCCCAAAAGCCAAAUAUAGGAUGGGUAAUUAUGUUUGUUUUAUGCUCUGCAGCAUUUUCAGAAUUGCUUGUCCUGAUCAGACAUAUCAACUUCAGUAAUUUUUUUUUUUUUUUUGCCAAAGUGUUUGAUAUGAGAUUGAGUUAUGCCAGAAAGGAACUCCUGUAGGGACUAGGGAGACAUUUUUUUGGGGGAGGUGAGAUCAGUGUCUAUAACAAUGAUUGCUACCAGUAGGAAAGGUUGAGGAAAGCACGCAGUGUUAGGACAAGCAGUGCUGUGUAUAAAUGCUGCCUUCACGUUUCCCAUUCACAUGUUUAUUUUGAUAUAUAGCUUUGGGGGUGGGUCAUAUUAAACUGUCCUUACAGUAUUUUGCUGAUGGCAAUUUCAUUGUACAUCCCCAAAUAGAAAUCCUUUAGGACAGUUGUCCCUGGUCCCAUUUAAAAUAAUGUCUAGUAAUAUAUUUGGGUUUUUUUUAAACCUUGUGAUUGCAGGUUAAUUUUUUUUAUAUUUCAGAUAGAUGUACAUCAAAAUAGGAAGCACAUUUCAAAGACAAACCAAAGCAUUCGUAUUUCAUUUUGCUAAAGCUUUGGCAUCCGUGUAACAGGAACUCAUUAAGAAAGUGCUUUUCAUUGCUUGCUUCCUUAUGUAGCAUAGCAUUUACAUCUUUACCCCUUUACUGGAGAUACAUUAGUACAGAAUGUAUACAUUUCAUUGUUUGAUGCGUUUCCAGCUUUAAUUUAAUCUCAUAUUUCCAUAUCCCAGUAAAAUGUGCUACUUAUUCCAUCUCUGCUCAUUGCAUGAAAUCUGUGCAUAAAAAUACUUCACCUAUCUAUCAAAUGACACAUGACGUCUGACAAAUCAUUACAAUACUCAGGUCUUUCCCAUUCUAAGUGAACACCUUGCACAUAAAAAUACCCCGCUUACUUGCAUUCAUUGACAUUAAUUGCAGACCAUUUUGUAUUAUAUGGCAUGUUGGACAGUUUGCAUGUCUUGACAAAUCACAAAUGCAUUUAGACAAUUUAAAUUAAUUUCAGUAGUCUGAGGCUAAUUAUACUAAUAACUGAAUAUCAGAACAUAUAACCCAAAACUUUCUCAGCCUAUUGUCCCUACACAUUUUGGUCUACGUAGAAGUUGUGACAUUUGCAAUAUGUGUUAUGGUUACAAGUAGUUUCUGGGAAUGCCAAAGUGGUUGCUUGGAACUUGGUUGAGGGGACGGUUUACUGGAAGAUCAUUCUCCUCUGUUUAAAAUGCUUUGUGCAUUGUCAGAAAGAUUGUCACUUUGGGGAUGUGAUAAUAGUCCAAAAAACAAAGAUCAGAAAAUCUAAAAUAUAGAGAAUAUAUUUCACUUGACGUAUAUGCAGUGUGAAUUCCGUAUUAAAUGUUAGUUAUAAAUGUAAGCGCAAACAUGUAUACGUCAUUUUCAUUUUACUUGUAACUAAAACACAAAUGCAUGCCUACAUACGAUGCACAUUUUUUGAGCCAUAUGUGCUAAACAUGCUAUGUACUACAUACAUAGUUUCAUCACUGUUUCAUGGUGAGAGGAUAAUGUACAUUAAUAUUUCUGGUUUAAAAACAAACAAACAAUACUUCUGUUCUAGUGUCACCAUCCUAUUCCUCCUCAGCAAAAAUGCAAUCUAAUAUAAUAACUGAGACAAAACAAUGCCAGCCAUGUGGCCUACCUACAAUGGCUACUACCACUUAGUCAUAUAACCCAUCAUUCCAUAUGAAUAUUGGUUAUGUGAUGAGCCUAGUCAAUUCAUAUUUGUAUUCUCGUGAGUAUUGAUUGAGCCCAAAAUAUCUGCAUCCUCUGGACGAUGGCGGCUUAUGUUUAUAGUGACUGAGAAUUUAUCUCUCAAAUAUCUGAAAUUUAAGUAAAGAAGAAGAAUUCUUCAUUAACUCCUUUUAACAAAAUCUUUUAUUUAAGAAAACUUAUUGAAACUGAUCCUCUAUAUUUAGCUUCACUUGCAAUACAGCAGUGAUGAGCCGGAUGUACAUGUGCUAAGCUUAUGUGUGAAAGUCUCUAGAAAUCUAUGGAAUCCGCAUGAUCUCUUCUUUCAGAUGCAAACUGACCAGAGUUGCAUUACAGUACUUUGUAACAGUCUUAUAUGUCACACCCAUUCAUUUACCACAUAGAUCGUGUUUCCCAGAAAUCCAUUUCUAUCUAUUUGCCUUUCUAUCAUGAGAAUGGGUGCCUGUACUGCAUCAAACUCUGCUGGAAGCCUGCACAAUAGCAUAUCUCUAAUACUAAAUCUUGCCACAGUCACGCAGCUGUCUCAUCUUAGUUAUGACGACAUGUUAAUGAGUUCCUCCCAUUGGUUUUUAAAUCAAAAGUAGAAUUUACCAUCCGUUCCAGUUGACUUGGUUUUACAAACCCCUAAACCACAGUGAAUCCGUAUCAUAAGGACAUAAGGAGGGUCAGAUGUGUCACAUCAUACAGACAGCAACACCAUAGACAUUGCCACUGAUGUAGGGGUUUUUGUUAUAGCCUGCGAGAUGCAGACACCGGUGCAAUUUCAAAGUGGCAAUCAUUUAAAAAGCAAAACCAACUUGGUUUUGCCAUUUAAAUGAUUACCGAUUUAAGAAUUCAGACAGACUCAGGACUCACGCCCGUGACUGCAACUCGCAGUUUUUUGCAAACGCACUGUAGCCUUUUUUCUUAAUGGCUUCAGGCACUUACUUAACUUCAAAUAAUGUCUAAAAAUAAUUAAACAAUAGAGAGAGCGCAUAAAUAGUAUAAUACCAAUUUAUUAUUGGAUAAAACACUUAAAAUGCAAUAUGCUAAUCAUUUAAAAAAUAAAUGAAUGAAACCGCACAAAAGGAAACCACUGAACUGACAAUGAUAUAUACUUGUAUUCCCAAAUGAUUGUGGGAAAGGAGGCAAACGUUCUCAAUGCCACUGAGGAAAGAAAAUGUUCAAUGUCCCACCAAGCAGGUGAUGGCUAAUGAGCAGGACAAUAGAACCAUAGCAGGUCCACUUGAUCCUCUUAAAAGAUUUGUAACAUUUGUUGAGAUGAAGUUUAAAUUCAACUGAUUCCUCCCACAGCAAGUAGGUAGGCUACUACCCCCGCCGCAAUCCGACAGUGUGGUAGCUCACCGCUGCAGAUGUAGAGAGUGGUCCGCUUCCAGAGCUCCUGGGCAAUGCAGUGAUCACAGGUGCGGCGGUCAGAUGCGGACAAUGUCCCAGCAAGGGAGAGGGGGGGGAACCCACACCACGGCUGGAGCUGGUGACUGAAGGGGACAGUCAAAGUGCUGGAUAAAUAAUCCUACCUAAAUAUUAUUCAUCUCUAUACAGUCAUUAAGACCCCUGGGGAAUAAAGUACCCAAAGUGUAGAUCCAGAAAGCCUCCCGUUUACAUAAUAAAUUGAAUCUAUCCCCUCCUCUGGUGGUGGGCUUAAUAUGUUCUACACCCUGCACUUUUAUACAUUUAAUAUCCCCAUCAUGUUCCUGUAACACAUGCCUCACAAGACUGUGUUGACUGGUACCCCUGCGUAUGUUACCCCUAUGCUCUAAAAAUCGUAUGUGUAGCAUACGUGUGGUGCGACCCACGUAUUGUACACCACACAUACAACUGAUGACAUAGACAACAUAGCUGGUGCGGCAAUCAAUCACACUACAUAAAUCAAAAUGGGUCCGAAAUGUCGAUGAAUAUACCUUAGUACUUACUUAACUUACCUUGUGGCUUAUUCAAGCCUAACGUGUUCUAUUUGGCUGUGGAAAACUAGGUUUUAGUCAUAACUAAUUGUUUCCGUAAUUACAAAUUAUUCAUUUAAUUUCUAAUAUGAUGAUAUCACAGUGUUUGUGUUUGCAUUGUAAUGGUAUUGUAAUAUUGGACAUGACUAUAUUGCUAUUACCAUGCUAUACAGCACUGUGCUACGAAGAGCUAAGAUAACACUUGGUUGCAUGCUGAAAGUAUGAAGUUAAAAAUUGCAUCCAGUAGCGUAACAGUGUUUCUGAGUAGUAAUCAUCAAAUUUCUGCUACUGACUUUCACUUAUACUGUAAGAUGAGCAGUUGGUCAGUAGUUGUUCUAUGGAGGUCUGAUUGUAAUGCUUAAACUGUGAGCCUGUAAUAGUGAGCAUCCAUUGAAAAGCUAUAUAACUGAUACAGUACUUAAAGUGGCUUGAAGGAUAUUAGGUCUCUCAUUCAUUAUAAAGGGCUGUAGGUACUUAACUUCCUGCGUGAGACUUUCCAAGGUACCGAUCUCCUGUUUCCAUGUAUACCAGGAGUACUUGGCAUGUGUGUAGUAGUUCUACCAGUGGCGUGCGGUGAGGUCAGUGGCUGGUGAGGCACUACAGCCAUAAUGUCCACCGAAUCUGCCGAUGACCCCUACCGCCGCCGAGUAAAUGCCCGCUACUGACCCUGAGUCGAUGCCCUGUGCCACCGCCAAUGGCUUACAAACUCACCCACCAUCAACUGACCCAGCCCUCCGCCACUAAUUUGCAUCUCAGUCCGAUGCCGCCAAUGCCCGCUGCCUGCCUGCUCAUCAUACUUGUGAUAUAUUGUACAUUUUUAUAGGAAAAAAAAUUGUGUUUGGGACUGGGAAGGGAGUGGGAGGAGGACAUGAAUGCAAUUUUGUUGUCAUGGGCUUCCAUUAACUUAAUGGAAAAGGGUCUGAAUGGGUUAAAAAAAAAUGCGUGAGGUCCCCCCUCCUAAGUGUAACCAGCCUCGGGCUCUUUGAGCCGGUCCUGGUUGUUUAAAUACUGGGGAAAAAUUGGACAGGGGAUCCCCCGUAUUUAGACAACCAGCACCGGGCUCUUAGUCCGGUCCUGGUUCCAAAAAAUACGGGGGGACAAAAGACGUAGGGGUCCCCCGUAUUUUUUAAACCAGCACCGGGCUCCACUAGCCAGGGACAUAAUGCCACAGCCGGGGGACACAUUUAUGUAGGUCCCUGCGGCCGUGGCAUUACCCCCCCCAACUAGUCACCACUGGCCGGGGUUCCCUGGAGGUGUGGGGACCCCUUAAAUGAAGGGGUCCCCCCCUCCAGGCACCCAAGGGCCAGGGGUGAAGCCCGAGGCUGUCCCCAGCACCCCUAGGCGGUGGGUGCCAGGCUGAUAGCCAUAAGAGUGUAAAAAAAAGAGUAUUGUUUUUUGUUGUGGAACUACAAGGCCCAGCAAGCCUCCCCCGCUUGCUGGUACUUGGAGAACCUCAAGUACCAGCAUGCGGGGAAAUAACAGGCCCGCUGGUACCUGUAGAUCUACAACAACAAAAAAUACCCAAAUAAAAACACAACUCGCACACCGUGACAGUAAAAGCUUAUUAAAAACACACUUGCACACUCACACAUACUUACCUACAUCCCACGCCGGUCACGUCCACUUGUCCAGUAGAAUCCAAUAGGUGGUUCCUGUAAAAAUAAGAGAGAGAUUACUUACCUACAUCCCACGCCGGUCACGUCCACUUGUCCAGUAGAAUCCAAUAGGAACCAGGCACCUGGAACAAGAAUAGAAAUAAAUACUUACAGGAGAGAGAUAGAGAGAGAGGUGUCCCGGCCUCACUCUCACUCACAGACAGCUCCCGGCCCGUUGCUUAGCAACGGGACGCGCCUGGCAACACAAGUCACAGUGCCGCAGGCAGGAAGGAGCCGGCAGCGGCUGGAGGCGGAGGGCCAGGAGGAGAGGUGAGCACUACGGGGACAAGACAACACAAACAUAGAAACAUAGAACUCACCCCUCACUCCUGCUUCAGGCCCGUCGCUCCAACGCCAGUCACAGCCGCCGGGUCCCGCCGCCUCUUCCCCCUCCAGCGUCGUGUUGGUGAUUGGACAGCAGAUCCAGCACUGGAUCCGCUGCCCAAUCACAGGUGCCUCGCUGACAUGGAAGUGGUGUCCCUGUCAGCGAGGCACUUGUUUCAGUGCCGCUUUCCUGCUCUGUUUCAAUGGGCUUUUACAGCCCAGUGUUUGGCCCCGCCCCCCGCUCUGCCCCGUUCCCAUUAUCCACGGGAGGCACUGCUAUCAGUGCCUCCCAAAGUCAUUUAAACGCAUCAAAUUAUUAGAAUUAAAUAAAGAAGAUACUUAUGACAUAGACUAUGUGUCAUAAGUAUCUUCUUUGUAUGAUUUUAAUAAUUAAUCACAGGGGAGGCACUGCCUCCCCUGACUGCACGUCCCUGAGUUCUACAUAUAUGAAAGAACAAUGAUACCCACUCUCCUCUGGUUUUACUAUUGUCCUGAGGCUCUAACUUCGCACUAGCAUUGGCGCAGUGCAUUCACCAUCUUGUAUAGGUAGUGUAAAUGUGUAAAAGAAAGGCUGAAUGUCGUGUCUAGUUCUUAUAAGAUUAAAUUAGUAAUUUUAUUUUCCCAUAGAACUUCUUGAGUUUUACGAGAUAUGCUGCAUGUGCCACAUUCAGAGCUUAAGGGAGUGAUACCUGUACUAAGACUGGUAGCACUUUAAAGGACCAUGGAACAGUUACCAUUCUUUUAUAUUAUCUAUAAAGUCCAUGUGUACUGUAUGUACUGUCUGUAUUAAUACAGGAAUCAGUAACUGACUUUUCUAUGUCAGUCUGUGUCAGCACAGUGAACACUGUACAACUUGGACAGACCUAAGUAUCAAACCUUUUAGGGGAAAUCCUAAAGCAUACAUGCUAAAGCUGAGAUUUAGGAUAUCCCAGGAAUUUCUGCAGAUGUAAACUCAUCAUUAAUGUACACCAUAAUAUAUAUAGUUAUUUGGUCAUUAUAGUUGGAAUUAUAGGCUAGUUACCAUGUUUUAAUGACUUAAUUGGGAUAUUCAAGGCUAAUAUUAGUUGUUUGGUGGACCAAUAUCACAAAGUGUGUGUGUGGAUGCUUUCAGCCAUGUAAGGCUUUCUGGAUGUAAAUCCACAUGCGGUUCUGUGCUUACAGAAGAGGCACACAGAAGGCUUUCACCUUUUUCAGUUUCUUGUAUAUUGCAUAUAUAGUUGCAUCACACAUUGUGUGUUUUGUGCUUAGUUUUAACCAACUUUUAGGCAACUAUGAAAAUAAAAAAAGAAAAUCUGGGCUAUUUUAUUUGUGUUGCAUCUUCCCCAAUAUGUUUCAUUUCUUAUUUAAGUGUGCGUGUCCUAACCAAAGUUACAUUUGAACAUGUAAAUUCAUAAAGCUUUAGGGAGUUGUGCUCUUUCUUUAUUUACUGUGUUACAAUGCUGCUAAAAUUCUAUAUUACACACACACACCAAACUGUAGGGAGUAUGUGUAGCUCAGACGUUGCUGCAUUUACAUAACAGAAAAAUGCCUUGCACAGUUGGGGAGGGGGGGGGGGGGGGGGG